AUGGCUACUUCAAGGAAGUUUGGAAAGCAAUUUUCUCUAAAUGAGAUUAUUGAGGAAUUGGCGCAAAAUGGUGAUGAUGACAUCCCAGAAUCUAUUACAAUAAUGCCACCGGAAAAUUGUAAUGCUGAGGUAAUGGAUGAAGACUCUGGAGAUGAAGAAUUGGUGUCACUUCAAAACUUGCUGGGAUCUCAACUAAGGGCUACUGCUGAGGUCCAGUAUGGCAACAGCUGUGAUGAUUGGUAG